AUGAGCGAGCUACCAUCCCCGCCUCAGUCGAGGCUUACCGUCAUUCUCGUGGACAAUUUACACUGUCCAUCCUGUGUUGCAACUGUGCAAGAAAUUCUGUCCGCCCUCAGACCUGCGCCGUUCUCCGUCUCAACAUCCAUCGUCCUCCACGAAAUCAAGGUCGUCCAUCCCAUCACUUUGAGUGCAUCUCGCAUCGCGCGUACCCUCACAGAUGCCGGCUUCGAAUUGGACAGCGUCUUGCCGUCAGUCUUUCAUGAUGGCGAUAUCGAAGCACACGACUACACCUCUAGGUCGACCUCCAAGAGCGACCGCGACCGCGACCACUACGAUGUCCAUUCCCAGUCAGAAACGCAUAUUCGUCGAUGUGAGGCCUGUAAAGCCCAACUGGCAGCUUUGAAGUUUUCGCCCAACGGCACAUCGACGACCACGCGAUCUAGCGAUGAAAUGUUGACCUCUGUCAUAGAUGAUCGUCUGACUGGAGUGAAGUAUCGUAUCUCCCUGGCGAUCAGUGGCAUGUCGUGCAGUUCCUGUGUGGGCAAAAUCACAGGCGCCUUCCAAGGCCGACCCUGGAUUCUGUCAGUGGAUGUGAACCUCUUGACUAGUAGUGCAGUCGUGGUCCUCGCUGACAGCGCACAUAUGGACGAGAUACUCGAAACUAUUCGGGAAUCUGGAUAUGAGGUAGAGGUGGUCGACACCGAGGAGAUUCGACCCCAAAGACCCGCUCCACGAUCUGCGCCGGUGGACGACGUAUGGCGCGCAUCUUAUAUCAUCGAAGGAAUGAGUUGCAGCUCUUGCGUUGGUAAGAUUAUCGACACGCUGAAUCAGCACGAAUGGACCACCAAGGUCGAUGUCAAUCUUGUGUCCGGCAGUGCCACAGUCGAGUACGUUGGCAAAGAUCACCUGGAAGACAUUGCUAAAAUCAUCGGCGAGUUGGGCUACAAGGCCACCCUGAGUGACGUCGAGAGUCAGAUCUCAUGCAGCUCGUCAAUUUCGGAGCGUGAGAUUCAGAUUCAGAUCGACGGCAUACAUUGUGAACAGUGUUCCCAGAGAAUUGUCGAUGCCUUAGCCAGCGCGUACGGCGAUGAGGUCACGCUGUUGGAGCUGCCCACCUCCCGACGGCCCCGGCUUAAGAUUCGCUAUCUUCCCGAAAUACCGAAACGAACUAUUCGCAACAUCCUGCGCACCAUCGCUGACGUUGAUAAGGCCUUUACAGUGUCAGUGUAUCAUCCACCUACUUUGGAGGAACGUUCACAGGCUAUGCAUCGUCGACACCAGUGGUCUAUUGCCAGGCGCUUAAUCCUCGCUGUUUUGGUCGCGAUUCCCACCUUCGUCAUCGGUAUCGUCUAUAUGUCGUUAGUCUCUGCUAAUAACCCCGGAAAGAUAUUUUUGAGUGAACCUAUGUGGGCUGGGCAGGCAACGCGCAUAGAGUGGGCUCUUUUCAUCAUGGCCACCCCGGUGUACUUCUAUUCCGCUGGGCUCUUUCACCGCAAGACAAUGCAUGAGCUCGUGGCUCUCUGGCGACCAGGAAGCAAAACUCCGGUUCUUCGCCGAUUUCUCCGUUUCGGAAGUAUGGAUAUGCUUAUGUCCUUGGGUACUUCAAUUGCCUACUUCGCUUCGAUCGCUGUUCUCGUCAUUAAUGCCACCCAACCAGCCGAAUUGAUGAAAAUGCGCCAUACCGAAACUUUUUUCGACUCUGUCGUCUUCCUGACUAUGUUCUUGAUGAUUGGUCGCUUGCUUGAAGCCUACAGCAAGGCUAAGGCCGGUGAUGCAGUCGGAUUACUUGGCAAAUUGCGCCCUACGGAAGCGCUUCUAAUCACGCCGGCACAUGGAGACAACUCGGAGACAACAUAUACCGUUCCAAUUGACCAGCUGGAUUCGAGUGGCCAACGGUGCUUCCCCCCCUAUGAUGGAACUAUUAUUACUGGAACCUCCCGCUUUGAUGAAUCAAGUUUAACGGGCGAAUCCCUUCCGGUGGAGAAGUCGGUCGGUGAUGAAGUAUUCUCUGGAACUAUUAAUCAAGCCGGUCCUGUCACGAUCAAGAUUACUCGUCUCUCCGGUGACUCGAUGCUCGACCAAGUCAUUGGUGCCGUGCGUGAGGGCCAGAUUCGAAGAGCCCCUAUCGAGCGGACAGCGGACCUUCUCACAAGCUAUUUCGUUCCAGUUGUGACUUUGAUAGCUGUUACCGAUUGGUUGAUCUGGUUGGCCCUUGGCCUUUCAGGCCGACUGCCAGAAGCGUGGCAAGACGGCCCUGGGGGAUGGGAGUUCUGGUCGUUGCAGUUCGCUAUCUCUGUCUUUGUCGUUGCCUGCCCCUGUGGAAUUGGACUUGCUGCUCCAACAGCUUUGUUUGUGGGUGGUGGAUUGGCCGCUCAGCACGGUAUCCUCGUCAAGGGAGGCGGUGAAGCCUUCCAGGAGGCUAGUCAGCUCGAUUGCGUUGUCUUCGAUAAGACUGGGACGAUCACCGAGGGUGGAGAACCAUCGAUCACUAACCAUGAGGUUGCUUACCAGGGCAAUAACAUCGCUGACGUCUGGGGUGCGGUUUUGGAGCUCGAACAUAGCAGCAGUCAUCCUAUCGCCAAGGCGAUGGUCGCUUUCGCCACUACUCAGAAGCCUUCAGCUCUGAAGACUGUCUCGGCAAACGAAAUCCCAGGCAAAGGUCUUAAGGGUGUUUUCACCCUUCGCGACCAAGACACCAAGACAGUUCUUGAAGUGAUCAUCGGUAAUGAGGCGCUGAUGCAGGAUCACAACAUCGUCCUCUCUUCAGCCAACCUGGAGACACUCAUGACAUGGAAGCACGAGGCUAAAUCAGUCGUUUUGGUUGGCACUCGUGCUCAGGCUGCUGAUGCUUCCAUUCCCUGGAAAUUGUCUAUCAUGCUGGCUGUCGCUGACCCGGUCCGCCCAGAGGCCAAGGGCGUUCUCUGUGCCCUUCGUAACCGGGGAGUUGAUGUCUGGAUGAUCUCCGGAGACAAUCCAACAACUGCCAACGCCGUUGGCAAGAUCGUUGGAAUCCCGCCGGAUAACAUCAUUGCAGGCGUCCUCCCAGAGCAAAAGGCAGAGAAAGUGCGCUACCUGCAACGCGUCCUACAAAAGCCAGACCGUUCUGGCUGGUUCGGCGGCCUGUCGGCCCCCAAUACAAAGCGAGCGAUCGUGGCCAUGGUUGGAGAUGGUAUCAAUGAUUCUCCCGCACUGACAGCUGCCGACGUUGGCAUUGCCAUUGGAUCCGGCUCGGACAUUGCUAUCUCCGCGGCGGAAUUCGUACUUGUCUCUUCCGGUCUGACGUCGCUUCUGACCCUCAUCGACCUGAGUCGCGUGGUAUUCCGCCGCAUCAAGUUCAAUUUUGUCUGGGCUUUAAUUUACAACUGUGUUGCCGUGCCUGUGGCUGCCGGUGUCUUCUAUCCCAUUGUGAGUAACGGGAAGCAUGUUCGUUUGGACCCGGUGUGGGCGAGUCUUGCCAUGGCUUUGAGCAGUGUCAGUGUCAUCUGCAGUAGUCUGCUCAUGAGAACUCGGUUGCAUUUGGUCGGCUUCCGGAAUAAGAAAUUGAACAAGCAGUAG